AGUUUCCUCGUCUGAGCAGCAUCAAAGGACUUCUUCUAUCAAGCAGGCAAAACGGAGCUUUAAUUGAUGCCGUCCGGGGCAAGAAGCGGAUCCGAAGAAGUGGUAAUCUCAUGCAAACUAGAUUAAUGCUCCCCUGUUUACUCGCUUAAUGAGCAAAUCGUCGUUGCUUUGAAAUUUGAUGCUGUCUGAUCCGCCCACGAUGAUGAGACCAUACUCUAGUUGAAGCGCAAAUAUGGGACAGCAAGAAUAUGAGGAUUCAUUCGGGCAAGAUAAACAGAGGAUGCAUGAUUCUUUACUCGGAAACGAAAAGCAUGGAGUAUAUCAUCUAAAAUCUCAGCAUGAUGAAAUGCCACGAAUGAUGCCGGCUGAACAAGGCCUGCGAAAGAAAUGGCUUAGAAAGUUACUAAUCACUGGAUUGCUGACAUUUUGGAUUUAUUGCUUCUUACCACAGGGCAAAAGCAUAUCCGAUGAGGAUGGUUGGUCUUGGGAAUUAGUAAGGAUUUUGACGUUGGUGAUAUUACACAGAACUAAUAGGACAUCAUACUAGAUCAAACCAUCCCCCGAACUGAUCUGGCAUCGAUGCUUUAAUGAAUUUGACUGUGCAAGAUUAGAGGUAAGACUACAGCAUGUAUAGACUCACCCACCAUAAGCUCAUCAUCCAUUCUGAAUAUAGGUCCCAUUAGAUUGGCUAGACUCACCCACCAUAAGCUCAUCAUCCAUUCUGAAUAUAGGUCCCAUUAGAUUGGCUAGACUCACCCACCAUAAGCUCAUCAUCCAUUCUGAAUAUAGGUCCCAUUAGAUUGGCUAGAACCUACCAACACGUCAAAAGUUGUUUUGGCUGUUUUGAGAAAAAAUGCAACAUCAAAUGUGGAUUAUAAGGGUCCUCUAUUCAUUAAUCCAGGAGGACCGGGUGGAUCCGGUGUAGGCACUGUUAAAGAUCUUGGGAAAGCCAUUCAUGUGGCUGUUGGAGCUAACCACGUGAGUUAUGUUCUCAGUGAUAUUAAGACCAAUAAUUAGCUUGUUAAUGGACGCAAUAGGAUCUUAUCGGAUUUGACCCUCGUGGAAGUAAGUUAGCACCAAUGUAAUAUUAAGAUCCUGUGUUGACUCUACAAAAAGUUGGCGCUACCACACCUUCUGCUCAUUGUUGGAAUGGUCCACAAGAAGAAAGAAUCUGGAGAAUUCAAAAUCUCGGCCUCGUUGAUUCACAUCCAGGAAUGAUUUAUGACCUUUAUGCGCAUCAGAGUGUGGAGUCUAGGAACUGUGAAGCCACAAUUGGUGAUUUAUCGCGGUUUUUAGGAACAGCUUCUGUAGCAAGGGAUAUGUUGGAGAUGCUCAAUAAGCUCGGGUAUGAAAAGUUGAGAUAUUGGGGUUUAAGCUACGGAACAGUGAUCGGAGGAACUUUUGCAGCAAUGUUCCCAGAUAAGAUUGAGCGAUUAGUGAAUGACGGUUUGUCUUGAAGGCUUUGAACGAUGAGAGUCUUGCUAAAUUUCUUUCAGGAAACGUCAAUUAUUCAGAAUGGUACAAUGGAACUGGAAUCCACUAUAUAGAUGAUACCGACAAAGUAAUGCUCGCCUUCUUUGACCUUUGUCAUAAGGCCGGCCCAGACAAUUGUGCGUUUCAUGAUGUAACACCAGCAGUAAUUCAAGAACGGCUCGAAGGUAUAUAUGCCAAGCUUCGAAAGUAUCCAUUACAAGUCUUCCCUACCACAAACAACACAAUGGAGUUACAGUCUUUGGGGAUUACCCGACCAAAAAUCAUCACAUACUCAGAAGUGAAAAAUGCAGUAAUAUACUCACUAUAUCAACCUUUACUCAUCUUUCCUCAAUUAGCCGAAGCAUUGGCUGCACUUGAAGCCGAUGAUGGUGUACCAUUCUUAAAAAUGGCAAUAGAUCAAGGAUAUAUAUCGCCUAGUUUCAACUGUAGUUGCGACUCACCUGCAUGCGAGAAAUCUGGUUGGCCAUUGGAAGCAGUUGGAAACGGCGACGCAGCAACGUAUGUUAGAUGUGGAGAAGGUAAACCCGAUGUUGAUAAAGAUAGUUUGGAGGUUAUGAUAAAGUACGAGGAAGAAUUGAGGAAAAAAAGUCCAUUGUCUGCGUCGGUUAUGUUCAAUAUUCGCCUGUCAUGUGCCGGCUGGAAGUCAAGGACGAAAUGGAAUUUUAUUGGUAAGCAUCAGACGUUUCCUUCCACCAGACAUGCUAACCAGAUACAAUGAAAAGGUCCAUUUGAGCAAAAUACCAGUCAUCCGAUCUUAUUCAUAGGCAACUCAGCAGACAACAUCACACCUUUAGGAAGUGCAAUUUACAAUUCAAACUUUUUCCCUGGUUCUUCUGUUCUAGUCCAAAGUUCUUACGGCGUAAGCUCUUGCUAUCAUGAAAUCCAAAAACCCACAGCUUACAAAACCAUAGCAUACUUCAGCAUCCUGCCCAUCAAAAUGCACCGCCAAACACCGUCUCGCGUAUUUCCAAACCGGUAUUCUACCAUCAAAUGGCACGGUGUGCGAACCUGAUUUUGUACCAUUUGGAACUCCAGCCGAGGGAAUGGAUGCGCAAACCGAAGAAGAUGAUGAGUUGGAGUGGGCAUUGGAAGAACUGUUGAAGUUGUUGUGAAUUUUGUAUGCCUCCAUCAUGCCAUCCACGGUUCUAGCAUGACCCGACCAAAAUAACUCAUUCCACUCUAAGAAACUCCAUCUAAUAAUAAAACAAGCAUCUAUCACUCCC